UUGGCUGCACGUGCUCUCGAAAGUGGCAGCCCUGAGGUCUCUUCCGAGUCAGGAUUACGAGACGUUUUCCACCGAACACGAACGGAUUCGAACACUCUUUCCUCUCGUAAAAACGAGAAACUGGUUUCACCACCUGAAGACAGCCGCCAGACCACAGUUGCUGCUGAUCAUCGCUCAACGAGGAACCAUGUAUUGCUUGACGGCGUUCUUCUUGGCUGCGACAGUCACGCUCUCGCUGGCUGCAACAACGCGCGACUCAAACCAAUAUAUCGACACUGUCCUCCAGCACAACCUUCCUGGCCUUGUGAGAGGCACUGGCAAGCUGUAUCCGGUAGCUACAAUCCCGGACUUCAAGAUCAAGGUUGAAAGCACAUCCGUGACCAACCGUGACCUGAAGGCGGACCUGGAGCAUGGUGCCGUUCACGGCCUCGACACAAGGGUCCGACGUGCCGGGGACUGCAACCCACCAGUGCUGAUAGCAGGCAAUGUCACCAUCUCCUGCAUCCUGGAUUUCAGUGGCAUCAAUGCCACUUUUGCCGCUGAGGUCAAGGGUGACUCUCUGCUCGCUCGCAAGAAAGUGGUUCCGGUGAACGUCACCGUCACUGACACGACCGGCCGUCUCGAAGCCACCGCUCUGCCAGGAGCUCCAGCCACAAUCCGCACAUUUUACCUGGAGAGCAUAAAGCUCCGCACGAAGUACGGAAAGGACCUGAGCCUCAAUGACGAACGCAAGAGGGAAUUCAAGUCUAAAGUUGAAGAGAAGGUGAACGCUCACCUGUACAGCCUCCUCUACAACGACUAUCAGGCUGUGCUCAACAGGGCCAUCCAGGCAACACCGUUCCCUCGAGUCUGAAACUUGUCAAGGGAACACGUACGAUGAUUUCGUCCGUGGGGCUUUCCGCCGAAGUUGUUUAGCCACCACAUCAUUUGUGUAUUUGUAGUCAUAGUCAUGGACAACAAAAUAGCACAGAGCAGCACGUGGAAAUGUCACGUCCUCGGGGGUGACAUGGUCCACGGGGGACAGAGAAAAUUAAGGGAUUAUUUUUGUGUGAAUUAGUUGCUUUGAGAGCUCCAUGUCCCCACGUCCUUAACAAAAGUGAAAUUUCUUAUGUCUAUAGCUUAUGUAAUGAAGCGUGACCACCCCUGUUCUGUGAUAUAUAUAUAUAUAUAUAUAUAUAUUUGCAACUGGA